UACAAUGCAAAAUUGCGCCAAAUUGCUCGAUUCGGAAGCUGCUCGAAUCCGUUACUGCUCGACUUGCUGUCAGAUCAGCGGUCAGAUUGAUUUGGCGAGGGAGUCUAUCUGGCCGCACUGUUGUUUGUUUACAUUCAAAAGACGAACGCCUUCCCUAUUCUUCGUGCAGCCGGCUUUUCAGCACCACCGCAACACGAUGGCAAGACCGAUCUCGUUCGUAACCGGAAAUGCCAAGAAGCUGGAAGAGGUGCGUGCCAUCCUAGGGGCACGCUUCCCGCGGGAAAUUGUCGCCGUAAAGCUGGACCUCCCGGAGCUGCAGGGUGAAAUCGAUGACAUCUGCAAGCUAAAGUGCUUGGAAGCGGCCCGGCAGGUUAAGGGGCCAGUAAUGGUGGAAGAUACCUGCUUGUGCUUUAACGCACUGAAAGGACUGCCGGGUCCCUACAUCAAGUGGUUCCUCGACAAGCUCGGCCCGGAAGGAUUGCAUAAGCUGCUCGACGGUUGGGAGGACAAGUCCGCCCAAGCAGUGUGUACCUUCGCCUACACGGACCGGCCGGACGGUGAGGUGAUACUGUUCCAGGGCCGUACCGAGGGAGACAUUGUGGCACCACGGGGGCCGCGCGAUUUCGGCUGGGAUCCCGUCUUCCAGCCGACCGGGUACGACCAAACGUACGCCGAGCUGCCGAAGCCAAAGAAGAACGAAAUCUCACACCGGUACCGUGCGUUAGCGAAGUUGGCGGAGCAUUUUGCCGAUGAAAGCAAAUGAGUUGAAGGUUUUAUGAGUAAAAGUGUUAGCAUUUUACAAACGCAA